ACAGCAGCGCACAGACGGACAGCGACGGAACGACUGCUUCGCAGGGAGUGUUUAUGGCUGCCUGCUCCGCUCGACAGCCAACAAUUUGUUGUAUUCCAGAAAACACGGUCUUUUUUAGAGGCCUGUCGCACUGUUUUCCGGAGAGAAAAGCGGUUGAGACGAGGUCACCGUUGCGUCGACGCGGCUAACUUUUAAGCGCCGUUAAAGCGAAAUUUAACUUCAUCGGUCGCGGAGUUCUUGAAACACACUCAGCGGAAGAAGUCUAACUGGGAUUAAAACCGCAACCUGAAGACGCAGACUUGGUGUUUUAACGAAGGACGACGUGAAUUUCAUGGGGCGACCGUCUUCUGCAACUUUUUUUCACCUUUCAAAGGCGGUGCAAGUUGUUGUAGAGCUGUAAAUUAAUGUCGGCUAAUUUUAGCAGGCUAGCUAGGUGCGUUAGCUGUCAGCCUCGCCGUGUAAUUCAGGCAACUUUUUUUUCUUUUUUUUUUUAACAAUGUCCUUCGUACAUUUUGCAACAGGUAGACCUUUUGCGAACACGACGAAGCAGCAAAAACAGCCAGAAUUGUAGAAACUUGAUCGCUAUUCGUCUUAUGGUGUUCACUCCGGGUUCUAAGUGCGGGCGGCGUCGUGAGCGUUAGUUUGGUUUUAUGGUUUUGAACGUUGUUCUCGAAAAAAAAACACACACAAGCUAAUAAUGCAGCCUUUGGACACAGUCUAACCCCCCGAAACCGACCCACCGACCAUGUUGGAUCAUACAGAAUAGGACCCGGACAGGAGACGAGCUCCAGCGCAGGCAGUUUUGCUCCGUAAUUUGGCGCUGAUGUGAAACGGUAGGAAACACAGGAGGAAACCUUUCAUUUGACCCAGGGAUACAAACCGCUCGUCUGAUACACUUCGUCAGUUUGUGCACCAAAAUGUCGGCCAUCUCCGCAUCCGAGAAAGUGGACGGGUUUACGAGGAAGUCCAUGAGGAAGGCGCAGAAACAGAGGAAAUCCCAAGGCUCGUCUCAGUACCGCACUCAGAGCGCUCCGGUCGAGCUCUCCCCGCUGCCACAGCUCAAAGAUGCCCCCUCCACGGAGCAGCAGGACCUGUUCACUCAGAAGCUCCAGCAGUGCUGCAUGCUCUUCGACUUCCUGGACUCAGUGACAGACCUGAAAAGCAAGGAGAUCAAGAGAGCCACGCUGAAUGAGCUGGUGGACUUUGUUUCCACAAACAGAGGUGUGCUGGUGGAGUCAGCAUACCCAGAGAUCACCAACAUGAUCAGCACCAAUAUUUUCCGGGCUCUUCCGCCAAGUGAAAAUCCAGAUUUUGACCCAGAAGAGGAUGAACCCACCCUUGAGGCUUCAUGGCCUCACAUGCAACUGGUGUAUGAGUUCCUGCUGCGUUUCUUAGAAAAUCCAGACUUCCAGCCCAGCAUUGCAAAGCGAUAUAUUGAUCAGAAGUUUGUUCUGCAGCUGCUGGAGCUGUUCGACAGUGAGGACCCGAGGGAGAGGGACUUCCUGAAGACCAUCCUACAUCGGAUUUAUGGAAAGUUCCUGGGCCUGCGAGCCUUCAUCAGGAAGCAGAUCAACAAUAUUUUCUUGCGGUUCAUAUAUGAAACUGAACACUUCAAUGGAGUCGCUGAGCUGCUAGAGAUUCUUGGAAGUAUCAUCAACGGGUUUGCGUUGCCUCUGAAGGCGGAGCACAAGCAGUUCUUGAUGAAGGUGCUCAUCCCGUUGCAUACAGCUAAAGGACUGGCCCUUUUCCAUGCACAGCUGGCCUAUUGUGUGGUCCAGUUCUUGGAGAAGGAUCCUACGCUCACAGAGCCGGUGAUUCGUGGUCUGUUGAAGUUCUGGCCUAAAACCUGCAGCCAGAAAGAGGUGAUGUUCCUGGGGGAAAUCGAAGAGAUUCUGGAUGUCAUUGAACCAACGCAAUUCAAAAAAAUCCAGGAGCCGCUGUUCAAACAGAUCUCCAAAUGUGUGGCCAAUCCACAUUUUCAGGUAGCAGAGCGUGCACUAUACUUUUGGAAUAACGAAUACAUUCUCAGUCUCAUCGAGGAGAACAUCGACAAGGUCCUUCCCAUCAUGUUCAGCAGCCUGUACAGAAUCUCCAAAGAGCACUGGAACCCGACAAUCGUAGCUCUGGUCUACAAUGUGCUGAAGACGCUGAUGGAGAUGAACUGCACGCUGUUCGAUGAGUUGACGUCCUCCUAUAAAGCAGACAGGCAACGGGAGAAAAAGAAGGAACAGGAGAGGGACGAGCUGUGGAAGAAGCUGGACGAGCUGAGGCUCAGCAACACUGCUCUGGUGCAGAACAACAGCCACGGGCUCCCAAGUGUCCAAAACAACAACAACAACAAUAGUAAUAAUAAUAAUAAUAAUGUCAACGAGGACAGGAGUGCCGAUGAAGCCGCCGACAACGUAGACGGCAAAGAUCCUGUGGAGGCCAGCGAGAGCACCCCAUGUGCCAAAUGACAGCGGAUGUCAGUUUUUUAUUCCGUAACGGUGUGACACCGGGUUCUGGACUGUCAGGGGAGGAUUGACAGAGACGUAAAAACACAAAUUACACCUCAGCAGUAUAUUAAAUCUACUUAGGGUGACUUAGAAUGCCAGCAUUUCUUUGGCAGAAAAAACAAAAGCAUAUUUCAACUUAAGCCUAUUUUUGGAAGUUACAGUGUGGCUGCAGUAUAUUGUUUAUAUAUAUAUAUAUAUAUAUAUAUAUAUAUAUAUAUAUAUAUAUAUAUAUAUAUAUAUAUAUAUAUAUAAUUUGUCUGAUCAAAGAUUUAUCCUUUCACAUUUAGUUUCUUAACUGAAAAUGAUUUUUUUUCAUUAUAUUCAUUGUAUGAUACUUGGGACGGGAGAAAAUAUUAAAUGACUUGAAUUUACACAAAUCAGUCACAACGUUAAAACCACCUGCCGAAUAUUGUGUAGGUUUCCCCUCGUAUUCUGAAGGUAUCCUGUCGUGUCGGGCACCAAAACGUUAGCAACAGAACAUUUAUGUCCUGUAAAUCGCACGGUGGGGCUCAUUGUUUCUCUCACACAUCCCACAGAUGCUCGAUGGAAUUGAGAUCUGGUUAUUUGGAGACAAAGUGAAGACCUUGAACUCUUUGUCGUGUUCCUCAAACCAUUCCUGAAUGGUAUUUACAGCACUGUCCAACUGAAAGAGGCCAAUCUUUGAAUAUCGCUGCCAUUAAGGAGGGCAGGUGGUCUGCAGGCAGCGAUGUUUAGGUAACAUCCACGUUAAUACCGGAAGGCACGAUGUCCAAGCAGAACUUUGCCCACUUGCUUGGCUUCUUCCCAUCCAGCUGCCACCUCUUUCAAGGGUAGAAACGAUGCGCACACUCAUGGCUGUCCAUGUGAGGUUAAGGGAAAUGUAAUUCAUCAGACCAGAUCGCCUUUUUCCAUUGCUUCAUGGUCCAGUUCUGACAUCUGUGUGCCCGCUGUGGGAGGUUUCUGCAUUGCACCGUCUCAUUGCGCCUAAUUGUGACACCUUUUCUUUUAAGGUUUCCACCAAUCCGUGCUGUACACCAAACAGGACAGCCUGCUGGUUCACCCACUGACUCUCGUUGGACCACUUUUGGUAGAUCCUAACCACUGAAUACAGGAACACCCCACAAUAGCAGCUGUUUUGGAGAUGAUCUGACCCCGAUGUCGUUACCAUUAGUUGCUUAGAUCGUCACGCUGCCCAUUUUUUCUUGCUUCCAACCCUUCGCCCUGAAGAACUGUUUGCUCGCUGCCUAAUACAUCCCGCCUCCUGACAGGUGCCAUCGUAACGAGACGAUCAGUGUUGCUCACCUCGCCUGUCAGUGGUUUUAAUGUUGUGGCUGAUCGGUGUAACGUUUCCAUUUGUGCUGCACUCAGAAAAGCUAAAUAGUUAUUUAAAGAUGUCUAUUUUUAAUGUGCUUUUCCUCGUUGCUGCCAACACUUGGGUGCAAACCUGAAGCAGGAAGGGAGCGACAGGCAUUGGGAGUGUUUUGGGGCAGAUGGGACCAGACCCAAAAAUCACACGUUUAGCAUCCAUUAAUAAACAAUAAAAGGACCGUUAUCGGGAGCAGAAGAAGCGAGAUGAUGUUCACCUCUUGUUGGUGGAAAAUGGGAGGCACACGGCCCAAAACAAUAAGAGCAAUGUCUCCGAGAGUGACUCUGCUUGAGACUAAGAAUUUAAAAACUGAUUAACAAUUAGGGUAAAUGAUAUAUUUGUGAGACUGUUUUUGUGUUUCAGGUGUUAGUGAGUAUUUUUUCGUCUGGGUGAAGAUACAAAGCUAAUAGUGAUAAUAACACAACACCUGCGUUUAUAGAAAUGAUUUACACUAAAGUAUGGAGGGAGGGCUUUUGACAAAUGAAAUGUUUUUCAAAAUGACCGGAAUUAAUGGAAUAGUUUUGCCAUGUUGUAAAAUGAGAUUUGGCAUAUGGUAAAUAUGAAGCUGCUUCCGGUUAGCUUAGCAUUGUGUAAACACUUGAAAGAGAGGGAAGCAGCUAGCUUCACUCUGUCCACCAGCUGCACCUCUUAAUCUCAUUAAUUCACACAUUAUAUAUUGUUUGUUUAAUUCGCACAAACACUGUUGUGUUAGAGGGUGACAGUCCAGGAAACUCCAAAGUAAAGGAGCAUGUUUAAUAUGAGCUUUAGAGGUGCUAGUUGGCUUCACGCUAGUUGUUCACCCUUAUUUCCAGACUUUAUGCUAAGCUAAUAAGCGAAUAGCUUUAUAUUUACCACACAGAUGUGACUGUAAUCUCAAUUUUCGCAUGUAAUUCUUUGCAAGAAAGCAGAUAUUUCACAAAAUGUCAAACUAUUCCUUAAACACAGCACGUUUAAAAAACUAUCUGAGACCUAGAGUACUAUAUUUUUCCAGAGUAUUGACGAGGCUAAUAUUUUUGAAUGUUUCAUUUCGCAGAUGAAUUAUGACGGGAUGCAGGAUACGCUUGAGUGUAUAUUUGUUGCGUAUGUGUAUAUGUUAGUUUGGGGGCUACUUAAAGGGAAAUGCCACUCAGUUUCAGAUUUUAUGUACAGCGUAAUGUUUCUGUGGUCCAGGAAAGUGCAGUCAGUGGUUAUAGAAACAUACGUGGCUCUCUCUCAAAGCUGAAGCGCAAACACUUAUACUUGUCUUAGCACUUACCUGGCAUUUGAUAGUGCACAGGAGGCUUUUUGUGUAUCCAUGAGUUCUUAUAAACGUUUUUAUAACCAUCAUGCUGUCGUCACACCAGAAAACUCCACAAGAUUUGUUUUUACAGGAAGUCUUUGCUAUCAUCACCUGUUCUGGUUUCUUUUCUACAAACUCUACAAAGCCACUUUUGCUUUUAUUCUCAUCUCACCGAUGUUGGGAGCCAACAAACGUGUUCAUUAACUGAAUCUGACUGCCGCAGAUCAUAGGAAGGACUUCUGAGAGUUUUUCAGAAUUGAAUGGUAUUCCCUCUGAACCUCAGUGUCUGCUCUUUUACUUUUAAGUUCACGUUUUAGGUCCAGUCUUCUCUGAUGCCUUUCUGUCAGUACAGCAUUCCAGCCUCUGUGACAUUUAAAGAAAUCAUGUGGGGAACCUGUUUUGUAAUCACAGAUCUUAUUUAGGUUUCACCAUCAAAUAAAGUCUACUUUAUCUUUCUA